AUAAAGUGCAAAAUGCAACCUUAUCAUUCAUUCAGACACUUCACAAGUACUUGAGCUAAGAAAUUCCUCACUUAAGAUUCAAAAAAAGAGAAAUGUACCAACAAACAACAACAACCAUCUCAGAUUCUGAUCUUUCCAUCCUUGAAAACAUCAAAUUUCAUCUUGUUAAUGAUUCCGAUUUUUCUCAGAUCCUUUCAAUGUUCGAUCCAAUAAUUAGUAAUGUUGAUACUAUUAAUAGCCCGAAUUCGAGUUUCGGUAGCUCUCAAUCAGCAGUAGAAAUGAGCUGGGGAGAUAUGGUAACUAAUAUUGAUAGUACGUGGGAACAAGUCGAUAAAUUGGAGCACGAGGAGGUAGCAAAAGAGGAGCCUAUAGUGGCACGUGGUGUGCACGCGCCUGUUGAUUGGAACAGGUAUAGGGGUGUCAGGCGUAGGCCGUGGGGUACGUUCGCGGCAGAGAUAAGAAACCCCGAUAGAAAAGGCGCUAGGCUUUGGCUAGGAACUUACGAGACACCUGAAGAUGCUGCAUUGGCUUAUGAUCAAGCCGCUUAUAAGAUUCGUGGCUCAAAGGCUCGACUCAAUUUUCCUCACCUGAUCGGCUCGGAUGUAUAUGAGCCGGUUAGAGUGACUCCGCGAAAGCGUUGCCACUCGUCAGAGUCAUCAUCGAUAGAAAAUGCCCCCUUAUAGAAGAGAAAAUUAUGACAGUUGAAAAUUAAAUUAGGGGCAACGUUUGUAUUAGUAGUCAUAAGGAUGUAUUGUUAGUUUAAGUUGUUGUGAAGUUGGUUUCUCUGUUCUAAUUAUAAUGGGAAAGGUUGAAUUAGGGUCUGGUGUUCA